UGUAAUUGUUAUAUUACAGUUCGAGAAUGUUCCAUGGUUUCAUCUCUAGAACAUGGCAAAGUAAACUCUCCUAGUGCCGAUCUGAUAGAAGGAGCUACUUUACGGUUCUCAUGUGAUAGCCCCUACUACUUGAUUGGUCAAGAAACAUUAACCUGCCAGGGCAACGGUCAGUGGAGUGGGCAGAUACCGCAGUGUCAGAAAUUGGUCUUCUGCCCUGACCUUGACCCUGUAAGCCAUGCUGAACACCAGGUUAAAAUUGGCUUAGAACAAAAAUAUGGUCAAUUUCCUCAAGGCACUGAAGUAACCUAUACGUGUACUGGUAAUUACUUCUUGAUGGGUUUGGACACCUUAAAAUGUAACCCUGAUGGGUCCUGGUCGGGAACACAGCCGUCCUGUGUUAAAG